AUGGCUCAGCGAGCUGGAGUUCUAUGGCUACCAGAAGAUGAGUCACCACCCCCGGUCCAUGGAAAGGAGAGGACUAUUUCGUGGAGCACGUGGGUGAAUGACAGACCGCCAGUCUCGUGUCGCUCUCGAGCUUCUGCAGCAGCGAAUCCUAUGCCAUCUUCCUCUUCAGCAGCACCUGGACCAUCAGCACCACCGACAGCACCACCAGCAGCACCACCACCACCAGUACCCCAGCCGACGUAUCGACUUGUGCAGCGUCUAAUCGGGCUCAUGAUGCAGAACGAGCGUCGCAACAAGCGACGCUUUGAUCUUGUGAGUCAGAUGCUGGCAGAGGAGGAUCAGGAAGAGGAGGAGGAUCAGCCGGCAGAGGCACAUACACAGAAUCAGGUUGCCACAGAGCCACAACAGGCCCCUGUGAAGCCGCAGCCUCAGCCAGCAGACGUCGACCCACCUACCCAGUCUCAGCCAUAG